GUGUAGCCGGGAGGAUUCGUCGAUUUGCCGGAGAGCCAUGGAGCCCGACGUGAUCCGCAUGUACUCCUCGUCUCCGCCUCCGAUGGAGGACGGCGCGGAGGAAGAGGACAACGAGUUCGGGGACUUCGGCACCUUCUCCGCCGUCCCGAACAGCAUCAGCUUCACGGAGUUCGACACCCCGACCACGUUCAACCAGACCCAGGCUUUGACCGCCACGUCCCCACCAGAGGUCCUCGUCAACAGACUCAGCCGCGGCCCGUCCAACGGGACCCGCGUCCCGAACAACGAGCUGUCCAAGGCUAACGGCGUUGUGCCGGCGAGCCACCGGGGCGGCAGCGCCCCCCCAGAGAGAACUGAGGGGAAAAAGGUCGUCUCCGGCUCUCGGGGUUUCUCCGUGAGCGACCCGGUCCGCGCGGAGGACUGCAACGGCGGAGCCGCAGAGGUGCUAACGAACGGGUUUGCAACCUCUGACGUUCAGGGAAGCCCGUCCUCGCAGAAUUCUGUCCACUCGCACAUAAAAGGGACGUCCACCGAGGACACGGGCAGCAUCCCCGAGGACGAUUUCGCGGACUUUGCUGCUUUUUCCAAUGCUGAAGGACAUGUGGGCCAGACGGCAAACGAGGACUUGUACGAUCCCACGGGGGGCAGCUGGCUGGCGGUGAGCGAGGACUGUAACAUAGGACAGGGAACGACUCCAGAGGACAAUGUCAGGGACGCGAACAGAACUGGACCCAACGAGUCCGGCUCUGAUUCCAUAUCUGUCCCGGCUGCCGACUCUCGACAAAGGGACGUAGCCUUUGCACAGGCGAGAUCAGCCUCGGAGGACAUAUGCACUUACAGGCCGCUUGCUCUGAACGGGGCGGACGGAGACGACGGACCCGACGGGGACAACGGGGACAACGGGGACGAGUCCAAAGACGACUCCAAAGACGCGGAGGACUACAGUGAAAAAGACCUCUCGUCGCCCGAGGCCGUGGGACAGUCGGACGAGAAGGGCUCCGGCAACGAGACCGAGACGGAAACAGAGACCUCGUUGGGCCGGCCCCUGUCGACGGACGCUCUGGAGGAGUUUGGCGACAUGAGCACCACCGGGUCGGUGCCCUCGCCGCUCCCCCAGGGGGAGACGGCCACGCCCGCCGACCACAGCCAGCUGGCGGAGGACGACGAGGACGAAGACUUCGGGGACUUCGGGGACGCCGGCUCGUUCGGCGCUCCGGGCUUCGCGGACUUCGACCGGCUGGACGUCCAGAGCCGGCCGGACAGCCCCGCUCCGCCGCAGGAGGACGUCGCCAAGGAGGAAGACGACUUCGGCGACUUUAACUUCCCGAAACGCCGCGCUGGCGACGACGACGGGGGGGACGAGGGCGAGUUCGCGGACUUCCCCGUCAGCGACAGUUUUGGGAAUUUCAGCUCGGCGGCUGAGGGCGCAGGCGGCGAGGCGGGUGCAGGGUGGAGCGCCUUCGGGGAGCAGCAGGCGAAGGACGGCGAGUCCUGGGCGGCGUUCGGCACGGAGCAGAGCGUGGCUGCUCCGCCAGAGGGCCGAGAGGAGGAGCAGGAGGAGGUAGAGGAGGAGGAGUGGCAUCAAAGUGAACAUCCUGCAGUCAGCGAGGAAACCAGCACGACAGACAGACAGUCGGUAAGAACCGCUCCGGCUGCAGA